CAUUACAGACAUCCACGACCAGCGGAGAGACAAUAGGGCAACAGCAGUCUCUCUGUCAAACGCAUCCGCGCGAGGUGCACAAGAAUCAAUAUUAGUACAUCAAGGCUUGAAGAAAAUAACAGCGAGAGCUGCAGAAAAACACUGCUCCUGAUGUUCUAGUUAUUAACACUGACCACAACGGAAUGACAGCGGGGGGUUUGCGCAUCAUCUGUUCCCUAAAAGAUUUCUAAAUCAACACUGUUCUCGUGGAAACUGGUCCCUCCGUCUCUGGAAUAAUGAGCUCCUCAACCCACCCAAUGUCCCGUUCUUCCAUUGAUGUCCUGGAAGAGCUGCAGCUCAUCACUGCUGAGAACCUGGAGAAGCUGGACUUUAAUAAAUACUAUGAGGUCAUUAGGGAGCUUGGCAAGGGCACCUACGGCAAGGUGGACCUGGUCAUCCACAAGAUCAGAGGCACGAAAAUGGCCUUGAAAUUCUUGCGGAAGAAAACCACUAAGCUGAAGAGCUUCCUACGCGAAUACAGCAUCUCUCUCUACUUGUCGCCCUGUCCUUUCAUCAUCAACAUGUAUGGCAUUGCCUUCGAAACUGAUGAAUACUACAUCUUUGCUCAAGAGUACGCACUGGCAGGCGAUCUCUUUGACAUCAUUCCUCCCCAGGUUGGACUGCCGGAGAACGUUGCCAAGCGGUGUGUGCACCAGGUGGCGAUUGCACUGGAUUACCUGCACUGCAAGAAGCUGGUGCAUCGUGACAUAAAGCCGGAGAAUGUCCUCAUCUUUGACAAGGAGUGCCGGAAGGUGAAGCUGUCGGAUUUUGGCAUGACGCGGUGCGCUGGCUCUCCAGUGAAGCGGGUGAGUGGAACCAUCCCAUACACGGCUCCAGAACUGUGCGACACCAGCCGGCAAGAGGGCCUGUGUGUAGACUACAGCACUGAUGUGUGGGCUUUCGGUGUACUUCUGUUCUGCAUGCUCACUGGGAAUUUCCCCUGGGAAAAAGCACUCCCAACUGACGCUUUCUAUGAGGAGUUUGUGCGCUGGCAGCAUCGGCGGAGGCGAGCCAGCACGGUGCCUUCACAGUGGCGCCGUUUCACUGACGAGGCCCUCCGCAUGUUCCGAUGCCUGCUGGCCAUCGAGCAGGACCGCCGAUGCUCCGUGAAAGAGGUCUUCAACUACUUCAACCACUGCUGGAUGCUCGACACGGAGAACGGCAACACGACCCAUGUCUCGGGCAGUAACGGCAACAACGGAACGGUGAUGAAUGGCCGUCAGGCUGAGCUCAACUCUUCUUCCUCUGAAGAAGAUGAGUUGGUGGACCGUUUGAAGCAGCAGAGCUUGUCGCCUGUGUGCGGGGUAGCUAAAAGAGGCAUUGUCAUGGAGCCAGUGACGGCGCACUACUCCUCUACGUCCACGAACAGCCCUGCUUCCUCCACUGGUGGCUAUGAGCGCAUCACCCGGGAUAACAACGGCAACAAUGGUCGAAUCCUAGUCACGACACCAAUUGAAAUAUGCGUGUAGACAGGUCACUGCUUCAUAUUACCUACCAUGCACAUAUAUUUGGGAUGAUGCAAACGCGUCUGAGGAAACGUUGUUAGCUGACGCACAAAUGCUCAGCAUUCCAAAAAGUGCAGACAGCUUGAAACACUUCCUGAUGACGAGUAUCUCUGAGGGAAGUCUACAGAUUGUGUCUCAACCACGUUUUCCACGUAUAAUUAGACCAAAACAAAAGCAACUUUAAAAGAAUAGAAAAAAAACUCUUUGCGAAAAUGUGAAGCAAUAUGUUGAAUUUUUGUGAAAAAGUGAUUCAGUCAAAAAAAAAAAUGAUUUGGAACUUGAGAGGGAAAGAAAACUGCAAAAACAUUUCAUGUGGAGACUUGGUUUCAGAAGCACAGUAAGAACUGUGUUGGUAUUGUUUCGUGCUCGUGCAUACCUGUGGUCAGUGGAUAUGACUUUUGAAGCUUAUUGGUUACUCUAUAAGUGUGUUGUAUUAUUCAUUUCGGUCUUUAUUUAUUUAAUGUUUUAGCAUUGCAAUGUUAAAUUAUAAUUUGCUGAGAAUCUGCACUGCCAAAUCUUAGUUUGCUCACUAUUAAACCAAAACUGGCAAGAAAAAUUCACUUGAUUUCAGAAGACUGUUAAGGAGGUUUGAUGGUAGAUUGAAAUAUAUAUUUUUUCUUAAGUAACAUAUAGAUGCAAUCCAUAUACAGUGUGUAAUUCCUUUCUGUCAAGGAGAUAUUUUGCCCUUCUUGCAUUCAGAUACAGUUCUUUAAAAGGAUGUGGGUGUGUACAACAAAAUGCAAGAGUGAUUUAGACAUGAUGGCUACCGUAAACACGCUUCAAAAACCAUUUAGCCACUGUGUGUUCAUAUAUAUUUAGACAGUAUGGAACGAUACCACAUUAUGUACUUUACAUUAUUUCCUCUUUUUGCAUUCUUUCUAAACAUUGGAAUGGAAUCCUGAAAGCACAUGUAUGCCACCAAGAUGUUUUUUUGGUUUUCUCUAGAUGAUGUCAGUUUUGGAUUCUCAGAUUGGAGAAGUUCCUGUUGGAUGUUAGUAUGAAAUUUAGCCAAUGUGAGAUUUAAAUUUUUUUUUAGAGAAAUUAUUAAUAUUUUAUUAUAGAGAAAAUAUGAUGCUUAAAAGAGAAUGUUAUGCUUUCCAGAUUUGCAAUGAUCUCUUUCAUAGAUGUCUUGAUGACAUACAUGUGCUUACUGGGUGAAGGAUUUCUCAGGUAUACCAUACACUGUGUAAUAUUUAAAAGUCAAGAGGAAAUCUGAAUCUACCCCGUUUACUUUCCUAAUGCAUGCUCCUAGUCUCACUGUGCACUUACCAGUGCACAUUUUUAAAAACUAUUUUUUUUUCCCCAAAAAAUUUCUGCUACUAAACUGAUUUUCUUUUUUGAUGACUUAAAAUACUUUCAAACCUUCCCCUCCCACCACUUGUCAAAAUAGAUCAAUUCAGUCUACCGCCUCCAUUUUUUUUCUCACUGAGUAUCCUGUUUUACAUUAAAGUGUCAAGUGAUAGUUAUUAUUAGUAAAAUUAUUUGUGAAAUGGUUUCAAACACCAUUUAAUGUUGUCUUUAACACCUAAUAUGUUACUUGAUGCGUAGGAAGAAUCUGUUAAAUGAAAAUGUCAUAUUUAUGUUUCACGACUAAUAAAAAAAAAAUGCUGCUUUGGUCCAAAAAAAAAAGGAAGAAGAAAAAAAAAUGUCCAGUUGUAUAUCUGUACAAGAUUUUUUAUUUGGACUAUAAAUUACAUAUAAAAAAUGUUGCCAGCUGCUAAAAUGUUAUACUUUGUGGUUUUAUUAAAUUCCAAUAAAGUGGAAUGUACCCUGUUCCACAAAAAGUCUUGCGCAAUUAAAAAAAAAAAAAGUUUUUCAUAUUUUAUUUAAUAUUUUUUACAUUUUAUGACAUUUGUUCAAUUUCAUACUCUUGUUUAAAGAAAGGUAGCAAAAGAAGCUAAUUUGUCGCAACUGUUAUGAUCUUGUGUUGUUAAUAGGAAAAAAUGAAAGUGUCAGCAAUGUUUGAAAGGGCAUUUUGCAUGGGUAUAACAGAAGACCAAUGUUAGAGAAUGGUAUCUACUUAGAAUUGUUACAAUUAUUGUGUAGGGAUAUUUUAAAUUAGCACAAGUUUGCAUAACUUUGCAAGUUCAGUGAAAAAAGGACAACG